UAGAUUCUAUUUCAUUGGUCGCCCCAAGUCUAUUCAUCUGACAAAGUGCAAUGACGUUCGGUUGAGGACGGUGGUUUGUCCAUACGAUUCACGUAGUGUAGCGAUUUAUUUUGCGAGUUAUUUCAAAAUCCAUCGGCGUCCUCCCAAACGCUCGUAACCAUGGCGGACGAGGAUAAUAAUUGUGAUGACGGUGGUGGUGAGAUGAAGAUCAAUCAGGCAUUCCGCCUAAGGGGCCGUAAAGGUGCUUUGAAAAAGAAGAAUGUUUACCUGGUGAAAGAUCAUAAGUUUAUGCCGAGGUUCUUCAAGCAGCCUACGUUCUGCAGCCACUGCAAGGACUUUAUAUGGGGUUUCGGGAAACAAGGAUUCCAGUGCCAAGUAUGCAGUUUCGUGGUACACAAGCGAUGCCACGAGUAUGUCACGUUUACCUGCCCAGGCGCAGACAAAGGCGCCGAUUCAGACGACACACGCACUCGGCACAACUUCCGAGUACACACAUACUCCUCCCCGACAUUCUGCGACCACUGCGGUUCCCUGCUAUACGGCCUCAUCCACCAAGGGCUCAAAUGUCAAGCAUGCGACAUGAACGUGCACAAACGGUGCGAGGAGUCGGUGCCAAACUUGUGCGGUUGCGAUCACACCGAGCGUCGCGGGCGCAUACAGCUAGUCGUCUCGUGCCAUGGAAACAAACUCACCGUCGAAGUAAAACAAGGUCGCAACCUGAUCCCGAUGGAUCCGAACGGCCUGUCAGACCCGUACGUGAAGAUGAAGCUGAUACCUGACGCGGACAACGUCAAGAGGAAAACGAAGACCAUCCGCAGCACCCUCAACCCGGUGUGGAACGAGACGCUGAGCUUCGACCUGAAGGCGGAGGACAAGGACCGGCGGCUGCUCAUCGAGAUAUGGGAUUGGGACAGAACCUCCCGCAAUGACUUCAUGGGCUCGUUGUCGUUCGGCAUAUCGGAGCUGAUGAAGGCGCCCGCCGACGGUUGGUUCAAGCUGCUCACUCAGGAGGAAGGCGAGUUCUACAACGUUCCUGUACCGGAGGAAGGCACUGAUCUCGCCCAUCUCAAGAAUCAGAUGAGGGCUACCAGUGUGGGGGCUAGGAGGGCUCCGCCACCGCCUGAUAGAGAGGUCCCACACAACAUGGCCGCCGCUGAUGUCAUCAGGGCAUCCGACUUCAACUUCAUUAUGGUGCUGGGCAAAGGAUCAUUCGGGAAGGUAAUGCUAGCAGAGCGGCGGGGCACGGACGAGCUGUACGCCAUCAAGAUUCUGAAGAAGGACAUCAUCAUACAGGACGACGACGUGGAGUGCACCAUGGUGGAGAAGCGGGUGCUCGCACUCAGCACCAAGCCGCCCUUCUUGGUGCAACUGCAUUCCUGUUUUCAGACCAUGGAUCGUUUGUAUUUCGUGAUGGAAUACGUCAAUGGAGGAGAUCUCAUGUUUCAAAUACAGCAGUGCGGCAAAUUUAAGGAGCCUGUAGCUGUUUUCUACUCUGUCGAGAUAGCUAUAGGCCUAUUCUUCCUGCACGCCCGCGGCAUAGUCUACCGGGACCUAAAGCUCGACAACGUUUUACUAGACCAAGACGGCCACAUCAAGAUCGCAGACUUCGGCAUGUGCAAGGAAGGCAUUACCGGUGACAAAACAACCAAGACCUUCUGCGGUACUCCAGAUUAUAUCGCGCCUGAGAUCAUCUUAUACCAGCCGUACGGAAAGUCGGUUGAUUGGUGGGCGUAUGGAGUGUUGUUGUAUGAGAUGCUGGUGGGACAGCCGCCUUUUGAUGGAGAGGAUGAGGAGGAACUGUUCGCGGCCAUCACUGACAAUAGCGUGUCUUAUCCGAAGACUUUGAGUAAGGAGGCGAAGGACGCGUGCAAAUCUUUCUUGACCAAGAACCCGCUGAAACGUCUCGGAUGCGGCGCGCGCGGCGAGGACGACGUGCGCACGCAUCCCUUCUUCCGGCGCAUCGACUGGGCGCGCGUGGAGGCGCGCGACGUGCAGCCCCCCUUCAAGCCCAAGAUCAAACACCGCAAGGACGUAUCGAACUUCGACAAACAGUUCACGCAGGAGAAGACGGAGCUGACGCCGACCGACAAGCUGUUCAUGAUGAACCUCGACCAGACCGAGUUCAUGGGCUUCUCCUUCCUCAACCCGGAGUACGUGCAGCACGUGUGAACCGCACAGGGUUGAAUCACUCCUCUAACUCUAUAGAAGCUGACUCACUCGACGUCGCUCCGGCGUCGGAGCGCGGGUAUCUCUCCACCUGUCGACUGUCUCUGUCACUCUCGCGGCGAGCACCGUUCGCCAUCUCGUUCACUCGUUCACGCUCGACUGUAAACUAUAUUUCUGGAACUGAUCUUCCUCAAGAAUAUAAGGAAAUGCGAAGAAUGGUUAAUACGAAUGAGUUGGGAAGAUUAUGUUCGUACAAAAUCUUUUUAUUAUUUCUGGAAAUUUCGAUCAAACCUAUCCACUACCAAUCUCUAAUACCCAUCCAAUGCGACAUGACUUAUUUAUUAAUUAAGUUUAACUGCACUAUGCUAUUUAUAUUUGCAAUAAUUUUUACUCUUCAAUCUUAUGCAAUAAUAUUAAAAUUUAAAAUGCGUCUCAACGAAUUUCACAAAGCAAUACUAAUACUUAAUAACUAAUUCGUUGUAAAAAAAAUGUGAAGCUCUCUCACUAUUUUAGAUUUUUAUGUUUUUUUUUUAUUUAUUAUCACUACCAUUUGCGUUUGAUACAAGAACUUCUUAGAAUCUCACAUUAAUCUCUAUAAGUAUCAAGAAUAUAUCAUUGUAUUGGGGCCACACAGUAAUGUUAGUGUAAAAUCGCUCAUACAAUUUUUAGACUUCGCCUUCGUUGUGUUAGUUGAAGCGAAGUGGGUAGAAGCAAAACUGGGAAGCGUAAUGCUUCGCUGUUAUUAUUUGAUUUGGGUAACUUUGCAUGUGUGCGAGGCUUGAAAAUGUAAUUUGGUUGUUUCCUCAUUCAGUCACAUAUCAAUGUAUGUAAAUAAGGUUUAAUGUCGUGUCGUGUGGAUGGCGCUUCUAUAACGCAAUUCGGACUGUUUGCUUUUUAAUUUUUCAAUCACUUUCGAAUGAAAGACUCAUUUGAGAAGCUCACUUUAAAUUAAGAACGUCGAAGUGUGUUGUUUUUUUUAUUAUUCGUGUUUUGUUUAUUAUUGUUGUUAACUGUCAUUUUAUUGGUUGAGUUUAGUCGAAUAGAUCCUUUUUCUCUGUGGCUAAGCUAUAUCCACUUACAUUAAGUUUUCAUUGUCUAUCGUCGAUUGUUAAUUUGUUUUAUGGAUUUUAAUAAUUAUUAUGUAGAUUCGCUCUAUCGUGAUUGCAUUUUGUGAUGUAUGAUCUAAUCAUAUUGUAUGAGCUUGUUUUAAUAUAUGUAUGUGGCGUGCGUGUUUGUGUGUAUGUGUGUGUGCGUGUAACUUUGUUUUCAUAUUGUUGUCCUUGUAGAUGGUAUGGGUUAACGGUUCUGAUUUUUUAUAAUUUGGAUAUGAGUACAUUUUUGAAGUUUCGCUUUGCAUUAUUGAAGGCCGGAAUGAAAAAUGUACGGAAACCUUUGCUAAUAUGUCCCGUUAAAUAUUAUCUGUAUUAUAAGUAUGAUAAUGUUGUUUGUUUUUUGGUUUUAAACCCGAAUUUCUCAUGAUGACAAAUGUAUACUUCGUACACUGCCCUUUAGAAAUAUAAUAGUAUUUUUAAUUAUUUAAGAUUGUUUUUAAAUUAUUUAUUUUCCUUAGUAAACUAAAUAUUUACCUGAUUUUAAUGUUUGGUUGGUUAAUAAUACUGUUUAAAAGGACAACAGUAACAGCUUAUAUGGAGCUGUCAAUAAUCGUCUACUAAAAUAGCCUUACUAACUUAAAAUUACUUAUUAAAUUAGUGUCGUUAAUAAAAUACAUUUAAAAAUCGUCUAACAUUCUUGUUAGGACCCAUUUACGUUGCAUUUGAAGGGUAGCGAAGUAUUAACGGUCGCAUAUUGGCCCUUAUGCUUCUCGUAAUAAGGUAGUUUAUUCAUUUGGAGGACAAACACAUGCGUAUAUUCUUGCAUGGCCUCGUAUCUGUUCAUAUUUUACAAUUUGAACCUUAUGUUAAGUGAAUACAGUCCAUUUUAGAGCGUCAACUGCGAUUUUAAAACCUCUCUCCCCUUCAAAGGCAGUAUGAAUCGAGCCUUAGAUUAAAAAAAAUGUGAAUUUAAAAAUGAGAAAAAAGCAUUCGAUUCUAAAAAUGAAUUGUAAUAAAAUGACAUUUUAGGUGUUUUGAUUUGUUUUUAAUAAUUAUGUUUUCUAGCAAAGUCUUCGAUUGUUGUAUCUUCGGAGUGUGAUGUAGUUGCGUCUUCGUAAUUUAAAAUUAAUAUAUAAUACAUAGUUAAUUUUAAAUCCGAUCUCCGUUCAUGUCGUGUGUAAAACAAUACUAUUCCCGAAGGUUAUUUUAUUGUGUAAGGUAUAAAGUUUUUAGAAUUAAUUUCAAUUCUUUGUUAGGUUUAAGUAAAAAGUUUAGGUUAGGUUGCUGGCUCAUUUUUGAAACUAUUGAAAGUUUGCUAUAUUUAUAUAGGUACGAUAUCGAAAUACUGAGUUUUUAUUGGCAGUUAUUGAAAUCAAGUAAUACAUAUUAUAUAUCUUAUAAGCAGACCAUUUUAUAGGGUUUUCGCUAAUCUACAAAGACGAUUCAGGAAUUUGAUUAUUGACAAUUUAACCUUAAGAACAACAGAAGUACUUAUACAAUAAUGAUAUGAAUUUUAUUCUCACGUUACGAAAUGUAAAAAAAAUAUAACUUUUGAUGGAAAAUUCAAAAAUGUUAAUGAGGUUGUGCAUUUCUCUGUCGAAAACCAUUUCAUGCCAAGUUUAAAGGUCAUAACGUCUGCAUAAUUGAUCUGCGAGAUUUUUCAAAUAAAGUUGAAUGAUAUCCAAGUUAAAUCGACCCGCCGGCCCGCCGGAUUGAUCAGCGAGAUAUCUGAAAUAAAGUUGAAUGGUUUAGUUGUAGAAAUGGGCCAGCAUAGUAGGUUAAUUCAGCUGGAGAGGGAGACAAAGUAGCGACCGCCUUUGGCGAUACCCACCGCACGCAAUUUACGGUAUACAGCGUUGGAAUCUUAUCUUAAAUAUAAUAUAACCACAUGAGUAAAGUAUUCACACAGGCUUAGCUUCGUACAAUGAGAGAGCUGGCGCAAGAUGGCAGCACUGAGUCGAAAGAUCCACGCAUUCGUCAGAUCUCUAAAGUUUUCAAAGUCUGUGAACUAAUUUAAAUUAUUUCUCGAUGAUUUCACGCCAAAAACUUCAUAGAGAAGGCCUGCUCCUAAUCCGAGAAGAUAAUUCUUACUAAUUAAACCAAAACUCGAAACAAACGACGCGUCAGCGUCAUCUGUCGGUGAUAUUUUGUAAUAACAUGUGACUAAUGUGAUUGGUCUAAUCGAUCGUUUUUUGUUGUUAAUCAUCUGAAACAGAAUCGUUCACAACUUUAAAGCCAAAUAAGCUCUUAUGAGACGAUCAGACAACGCAGGUAAUAAAAAUAACAAUUUAGUUUAAUAGGCAGUAUCGUUUUAUAACAAAAUCCCUUAUAAUUACGAUUUAUGAUUACGAUAAGGUUCCAGCUGUUCUGUAUGCCGACAGCACCAUCCCAAGCUAUAUUAGCAUUAUUGACACUAAUUCGAUUCUAAACACCAAAACAGUAUAAAGCAUAAUAAUGCUUAGAUAAUAUAGUACCCCAUAAGAACACCAGUGCCAUUAAUUCUUAACACUAAACAGUCCAGCUCCCGUAGCAUGAGCACCACAAUUUACAUACCAUAUCACGUUUUAUAUCGCGUCAAACUGUCAUACUUCAUAGUAAUUUGACAAAUGAGCGUGAUAAAAACGAGUUAUAUAUCAUAUCGUGUGCUCAUGCUAGGGGGACAGUGGACUGACCGGUACACACGGGUAACUUUUGCUUAUGUACCGUAUGCGGUACACAAAUUGAUCUGCCACUGUACCAUUAAUUAUAGCAUCAACAAUUUACAGUACGUCCCUUUGUCAAUCAUAAUAGUGUUUUUAAUGUUAAAUAACCUCUACCCAGCUACCUAUCUAUUGCUUUUAGACGCAAUUGCAAAAGAUUUACCUAAAUGCGUAGUGACACACAAGAAACGAUAUUUUAACUGAGUUAUACCUAAUUGAGCAUAAUAUUUUUUAUGCGAUCUUUAAUUUUCGAUACUUUCUGUUAUGUAUUUAUGGAAAAAGUGUUAAGGUGACAUUAGCUUGAAUUUUACCUUAAAAACUGAAAGUAAGUAUCUAA